AUGGCUUCUAUAAAUUCCGAAACCAAGAGUUCAAUCUUCAUAACAGGCGGUAACGGCUCCCUAGGAUCCGCAAUCGCUCUCCAAAUAGCACGAUUCCGUCCUAAGAAAUACCACCUCAUCCUCACAGCUCGCAAAAUUACCGAUCCUCGAACCAUCAACGUAUCGUCCACACUAAAGACUCUCAACGCAUCUUUCGAAUUCCAAACCCUGGACCUUUCAUCUUUGGAUAGCAUUCGUUCCUUUGCUGCAACCAUAAGAGAACGUGUCAGCAGGAAUGACAUCCCCCGGUUUUCCGCUGGCGGAAUGGUUCUCUCUGCUGCGAUGAAUACUCUGCUGAAGGACACCAAGACGAAAGAUGGCUGGAAUGAGAUAUAUGGUAUCAAUGUCCUAGCUCAAAUCUUGUUGAUCAGAGAGCUGCUACCAGUACUGAACGGUGGUUUGGUAAUCAACAUUGCGAGUGCAGCACAUGCAAUGGCAGCUGCGAACUACUUCUCGAAUGAAACCAAGACCGAGAUAGGUGGCGAGCAUGCCGAAGAAAACUUGGGGCUAGGAGAUGCAAUGAAACGAUACGGAGCAAGUAAACUAUGGGUCAUCAUGGCAUCACAUGCGCUGCAGCGACGCUUGGAUGCUAAACCAAACAACGCGAUAAAAAUCGUGUCUCUAGACCCAGGCGGUAUGUCUGGGGACUCGAACCUGGGCUUAGAUCACUGGGUGCUGAACUCGCUUAAAGUUGUUCUUGGGUUCGUAAGGCCGGUGCUGGGAAGGUUGAAGAAGGAUGCUUUUAAUCCUCCAGAGGUGCCUGCUAAGGCUGUUGCUGAUUUGUUUGAGAUGGAGAGAGGAGGGUUGGGUGGGAAGUACUUUGUUCUUGAUGAUGAGGUGGAGAGUAGUGGGGCUAGUCUGGAAGUGAAGAGUCAGGAGGAAGCUUGGGGGAAGAUUUGUAGAGAUUUGGAGAUCGAGAGGGAGGUUUGA